AUGGGAAACAUUAUCCGACUUCUCACGGGUCGUUUUGAGGAGAUAAAGGAUGAUGCCGACAUAUUUGUUGACUUUGAAAAUUGCCAGCCAUCUGACGAGGAAUACGACCUUUGGAUGGAAAUAAACACGAAACUGGCACAUACAGAUGAUAUUUUAAUGAUCGUACGAAACUACCCCGGAGCCGCGGCCCAAAUUCGAAGCGCUAUUGAACGCUACACUGAUGACGCUGCUCAGGAGGCAGCCUGGGAAGCCUUAGUACCGCUAGUUCAUCAACUUCGUAUCUGCUACGACUUCGGUGUUUAUUUGGCACAAACUGUUCCUCGGCUUCUCCAUGCACUCUGUUCAGACGAACUUACCGUCUGGGAACAUCUGGAAUCCCAACAGGCCUUGUUCAAACAAUUUGCUGAAAUUCUCGAUUUCAUUAUGCAAUUCGACAACAUUAAGAUGACCAAACCUUCUAUCCAGAACGACUUCAGCUUUUACCGUCGGUUGCGCCAAAGAAGAAGGCCUGCAGUCGAUUUUUCACGACAGAUUUCAGCUCCAUGCAAUGUGGACGGUGCGGAGCCCUUCUUACGACAGGGGAUUGAGGAGCUGAGUGAUGAGUGUUGCAGUAAGAUGUCCCUCUUCUACGCGGAAGCCACUCCUAUGCUCAAACUUAUUAGCCGAUAUGCCACACAGUGUCACAUGGUGCACCUCCCUGCACGAAACGGCAUGUUGCGAUCAACAAAGCUUCUUGUCGUUGAGUAUGUCAAGCUCAAAUCUAUGGUUAUCUGGUCCUAUCUACAGAAGACUACAGGCUCAGCAAUAGGCGGUUUACACAGCAUCACCGUUUCAAAGCUGUGUCGACGACAAUCCCGGCACAGCAACUUUUUUGCAAGCAUUCAGCAAGCCCGUGAAACGAACAUUUGCAAUUUCGAGAAGCUGGAGUACGCCUGGAUGAUUAUUCGAUGGCUAAUGGGUACAGAGAGCGUAUAUCUUGGUGCUUCAUUUCGCGCCUCCGUGACUCUCUCCUUCUUUUUCCAAGAACUUUCUACUGCUGUUGAUGCUAUCGUACCUAUCCGAUCAGUAGAUGCGAUGAUUCCCAUGGAUGUCACCUCUGAGUGCCUCGCAGCGAUGGCGCAUAUCUGCCGGGGUUUGCUGGUGAAGCCUUCCCUGCGGAGUCGCGUAACCCGUGAUGACACUCUCAUGCUUCUACUACGGGUCAUGACGGGCGUUAUCAUUCUCUACGACCACAUCGAUCCCUAUGGCGUCUUCCGAAAGACUUCCAAACUUGAUGUGAAGAGCUGUGUUCGACUGCUGAAGGAGCAGAACCCGAAAAGCGUCCAGUGUUUGCUCAAUGCAAUCAAGUACUCCACUCUUCACUUCACGGAUGAGACGACUCCUCGUGUAAUCAAGCAGCUUCUUGCCACCACUGCAAUAGUAAUGCCACGCAGGGAACCUCUCAGGGGAUCUAUGCUGACGGAUAUUAAGAGGAUUAGAGACGAUCGGCCAUGUUGGGGACGCAAGUCAGUCAGUUGUCUUGCGCGGUUUUGGAGCACCAGCUUCUCGUCUGAAGGAAUGGCUAAUGACGCUAGUGCGGCACUUAAUAAAGGUAUCGACACCGUUGUGAAGGCUACUGAGGAGGACAGAAAGAAGAACUAUGAGGAGGCGCUACGUCUCUAUCAGAUAGGAUGCGAUUACAUGCUUCAUGCCCUGAAAUACGGAUGUCAUAAUGAUAAGUCUCGGGACAGUAUCAAAAGUAAAGUGUGCCAGUAUCUAGAUCGUGCGGAAAAGAUUAAGAAGUACCUUGAGUCGAAUACGGGCGAGGAAGCAGCUGCAGAAGCCACUACAGAGAGGAAGCCAAUCAAAGCGGAUAGGGAGGAAGACGCCGAAAAGACAAAAUUCCACAACCAACUUAGUGAAGCCAUCGUCAUGGAGAAGCCUAAUGUUAGGUGGGAGGAUGUUGCUGGCCUCGAGGCGGCUAAGGAAGCCCUCAAAGAGGCCGUUAUUCUACCCAUUAAGUUCCCGCAUUUGUUUACUGGAAAACGAACACCGUGGCAGGGUAUUCUACUCUAUGGCCCGCCGGGAACGGGGAAGUCAUACCUCGCUAAGGCCGUUGCAACAGAAGCGAACAAAUCAACUUUCUUCUCAAUUUCUAGUUCUGAUUUGGUGAGCAAGUGGUUGGGUGAAUCGGAAAAGCUUGUGAAGAACCUCUUCGAGCUGGCCCGCCAGCAUCGACCCAGCAUUGUGUUUAUCGACGAGGUUGACUCUCUUUGUGGCUCUCGUAGUGAAAACGAAUCCGAAUCAGCCCGCCGAAUUAAGACGGAGUUCCUCGUACAGAUGCAGGGUGUGGGAACAAAUAAUAAAGAUGUGCUUGUUCUGGGCGCAACUAAUAUCCCCUGGUGUUUGGACUCUGCCAUUCGCCGACGCUUUGAGAAGCGCAUCUAUAUCCCACUGCCAGAGGCUCCGGCCCGUGCCAAAAUGUUCCGCAUGCAUCUCGGCACCACGCCACAUGAACUGACGGACGCUGACUUCAAGAAGCUCGCCGAUAUGACCGAUGGCUACUCGGGGGCUGAUAUUGCAAUCUGCGUUCGUGAGGCCCUCAUGGCGCCUAUUCGGAAGGUUCAAACGGCCACUCACUUCAAAAAGGUACGUGGUCCUUCUCCCGCGGACCCCUCUCAAAUAGUGGAUGACCUUUGGACUCCCUGUUCUCCCGGCGAUCCAGGUGCCAAAGAAAUGGACUGGACUCAGAUUAAAGGGGACAGGCUCUUCGACCCCAUUGUUUGCAUGGACGAUAUGAUUCAGGCAGUGAAACGCUCCAAGCCAACCGUUAACGAAGCUGAUCUUCAGAAGCAGCGCGACUUCACAAGGGAUUUCGGUCAGGAAGGCUAG